AUGGUGACAUUCAGCAUCAAGAUUCCCGCGUGGAACGGGGAAGGCGAAGAGCCCACGCUGGUUACUCCAAUAGUGUGCUCACUGGUUGAGACUGUGUCGCUGAUCCCUGCCGUAACGCUGUGGCAGCGCAUGGUGAACGUCUACGACGAGCAAUGUCGUGAAACGAUGCACAUCAAUACCUUCACAUGCAUCGAGAUGGGCCCCACACAUUCGUACGCCAUAGCUGCUAUUCCAUUUGCUGCAGCUACCUACUGGCUGUGGCGGCUUUCGCAUUGUUACCAUGAGGCUAAACAAGCUGGCAGGAUUGCCGAUGGGUUUACACUAGCUGCGAAAACAGGCAAGAGUCAUCGUAUCCUUUCGGGAAUCGCCAAUAAGAUUGAUAUUGAUGCUAAUGGAUCCGACGGUAGAAAUGCACUGCAUUGGGCUUGCACGUUGCACCGAGCAAGUAUUUGCCAUGUCUUACUUAAGAAAGGGGCAUCGAUCAGUAAGAAAGAUAGAGAUGGCUGGACACCUCUACAUUGGGCAAGUCGGGUUGGUAACUUGGAUAUCGUGCGCCUUCUAGCCAAAUACGGUGCCAACUUGAAUGUCCAAGAUCGAUGGGGUACGACUCCGUUAAUACUGACGGUCAUCGGUGAAAGCAAGGUUGCAGCGGAAACGCUAAUCGAAUUAGGUGCUUCAGUCGAUGCACGGAAUGUAUUUGGACAGACACCACUGAUGCUGUGUGCGGAAGGAGGGACUUCUCUCCACCAGCUAGGCAUGGUAUUUUUGAAUGCUGGCUCAAAUCUUACGUUGCAAGAUGCACAAGGCAUGACGGCGUUGCACUAUGCGGCUGCCUGCGGAAGUGUCAAUCUUUUGAUGAACAUGCUCCAGCAGUGUGAUGCUGAUUUGGUCGAUAAACCAAACAAGGUGAGCAGUACCAACAAAUGA